UAAAACAUCAUUGAGAGGAUAUUAGUAUCAAGGUCUGCGAAUGAGAGAAGGGAAAGGGCAUUUGAAGUGAGAGUUAGCGGUGAGGGGUCAUGGUUUCGCUUCAUCCACUUGUGUGUCCUUUGUCAGUUUCCUCUUCCUCCUCUGAAUUUUUUAGAUGCUCCCUUUGGUCUAGCUGCUACCGGUCCGCAAGUUUUGCCCCAAAACGAAGAAACAGCUCCAAAACAGAGCAGCGUUCUUUCAUCUGCAAUGCUUCGUGGCAAGAGCUCGCCGGAGUUUUACUAUUCUCAGCGAUUCCUUUCACUGCCGUGAAAGCCAUAGCUAAUAGUCCUCUAGGAGAGUCGCUUCAGAGGAAAAUGGAGGAGGAGAAGAAAUCUGCUGAAAAAAACUCGUCUAAAUUCAAGGCAUUAGCCGACAAGGCCCGAAAGGAGAGCUGUUGGUAUGGAGAAGAUCGGCCUCGUUGGCUUGGUCCUAUAUCAUAUGAAUACCCAUCAUAUCUUACUGGGGACUUGCCUGGGGAUUACGGCUUUGACAUUGCGGGGCUAGGCAAGGAUCCUGUGGCGCUGCGUAAAUACUUCAAUUUUGAGAUAUUGCAUGCUCGGUGGGCUAUGCUUGCAUCUAUUGGAGCUCUGAUUCCAGAAAUAUUAGACCUAUUGGGAGCCUUUCACUUUGUGGAACCUGUGUGGUGGCGUGUUGGUUAUUCAAAGCUCAAGGGAGAUACUUUGGAUUACCUUGGCAUCCAAGGUCUUCACUUUGCUGGAAGUCAGGGAGUGGUCGUGAUUGCUAUUUGCCAAGCACUCCUUAUGGUCAAAGACGAUUGGACUCAAGUCAAAAGUCAAGCAAGUUGGCACAAGUCAAAGGUUGAUAUGAGUUGGUCUGAGCUUAGGGUCAAAAGGAGUUUAUCAGGGCCAAAGGUUAUGACCAGUUGGAUCGGACCAAAGGUCGAGACAAGUCGGCUUGGACCAAAGGUUAGGCUGAGUCAGCCUAGGCCAAGUUGGCAGAAGGUUGAGCUGAUUUGACCUAGGCCAAAGGUUGAGUUGAUUUGGCCAGACCAAGGGUCGAGAAGAGUCAAACCAAAGGUCGAGAGGAGUUCAUUUCCUCGUAUUGUCUCACAACAUGCUUUGUUUCCUUUUGUCUUUAGUUCACUCUAACAUUUGGGGAUCCAAUCAUAAGUUUAAUUUAGGAUUUCAAUAUUUUGUAAUUUUUAUUGAUGAUUGUUCGAGGGUUACUUGGUUGUUUUUAUUUAUGCUAUACUUGAAGGUUUACCUCCUAAAUAUGCUCUAGUAAUAUCUGUCAUGAAAGCAAAUUUGAUAAUCCUCGAGCUGCUAGUUGUUGAAGUAGAGGUGCUUCUUUGUCAUGAUUCUCGAGCUGUCCAAUUUAAUAACAAAAUCUUCUCUCCUAGUCUUCACUAUAUAUAGACCUCUCCUAAUCCUGGACUUGGUUCUACUCAUGGGCUUUGUACAUAUUGGUGUCCGAUUUAAUAACAAAAUCUUCUCUCCUACUCUUCACUAUAUAUAGACCUCUCCUAAUCCUGGACUUGGUUCUACUCAUGGGCUUUGUACAUAAUGGUAACAAGCGGGGUGGAAGAGGUCGUGGCAGCAUCAUUUCUGGUCAUCAUGGUACUGGUCGAAGUUGUAGUGGACGCUUUGCAAGUUUUCAGUGCCAAAUUUGUUUGAUGCCAUCCUUCCACACUGCAACCUGUCUAGUUCUCUUCAAAUUCAAACAUCAGUACUCCCAACACUUGGGUGAUCCUCAUUUAAAUCAAGAUACUUCUAGUGCUAUGCUUGCUAAUAUGCCUUCUCAAGGUGGAGUUCAUAUUCCUGAUUCUGGUGCUUCCUUUCUUUUUACUGGGGAGCCACAAUAUAUACAUCAACUUGGAAUUUUUGAAAGACUGGACAAGGUUUGCAGAUUCAUGGAUCUUGGUUCUUCCUCCUUCAACUCAGAUAUUUGUUUUAGAUUAUUAAUGUUCCCUCUAUUACCAAAAAUUUAUUGAGUUGGUCCUGAUGGUCUUUACUCCUUCCCAAAUCUUCAUCUUCAAAGGUCUUCUGUUUGUCUGUCUUUUACAACAAAUUCUCCUUCAAUGGUCUUUUCUAACAGUGCUUCGAAUUCUAGUUGUCAUAGUCCUUGGCAUGCUAGACAUGGUCAUCCUAGCUCUCGUGUUCUUAAACUUGUACUUAAAUCAAUGUCAUAUCCCUUCAAUGAAUAAAAUAUUGGAAAAUCCUGUAGACUUUCUUCUUCUGCAUAAACUGUUUAUACAACUCCUUUGGAAGUUAUUUUUAGUGAUCUUUGGGGGACGCUCAUAUACCUCACAUUCUGGAUACACUUAUUUUGUCUCCUUUGUUGAUGAUGCAUAUUGCAAGUUCACGUGGAUUUAGUUUUUAAAAUCUAAAUCUGAAACCCCUAAAAGGGAGCUUUAGAAAAAGCUGUUUUGUUAUCUUUCAUAAACCUGCUUUUUGUGUUCUAGUGAAUGUCUGUACAUAUCUGUUGUUGUCUUAAGUUGUAUUGCUGCAAACCAUAUCCAAAUUAUUGUUUUAUAUGUAUACUUAGUUUGGCUGAGUGAAAAUUCGUUCAAGCUUAUCAUCCUAUUCCUAGUCUUUAACUGCCACCUUAAAAUUUGAAAGUGAAAUUCAAAUUCCUCUCCCGUUCAUUUUGUAUAGGGACUAAAAAUCAAAAGUUUCAAAUAAUUGGAGAUUAUAAUAAUUAGAGAUUC